AUGGGUGACGCGAAUGCUGAAGAAGUUGAGAAACUAAAUAUUAACGAAAAGUCAAAAACUAAAGCAAUGAAAGAUAAAAAGAAAAAGCCUGAUGACUCUUCGGGAGCGGUCUCAGAGCUGAAUCCAUGGCCGGAAUUCAUUCAGAAGCGAAUAGAGCUCUGGGAUAAGUACAAGAUUCAAUACCAGGAAGAAUUGGCAGCAAAACCAGAAAUGAGCAUAGUCGUUACACUCCCAGACGGGAAGACUGUUGAAGCAAAUGCUUGGAGAACUACUCCAUACGAUGUUGCCAAAGGCAUCAGUCAAGGCCUAGCAGACUCAACUAUCAUUGCUCGGGUAAACGGAGUGUUGUGGGACUUAGACCGUCCUUUGGAGGGAGACUGUAAAUUGGAACUUCUACGUUGGGAUAACACCGAUGCACAAGCUGUGUUCUGGCACUCCUCUGCACAUAUGCUUGGUGAAGCAAUGGAAAGGGUGUAUGGUGGCUGUCUGUGUUAUGGACCCCCAAUAGAAGAGGGCUUCUACUAUGAUAUGUAUCAGCCAGACAAAGGGGUUUCGUCGUCUGACUUCCACGUGUUAGAAGGCUUAAUAAAGAAGAUUGCUAAAGAGAAACAGCCCUUCGAGAGAUUGGAGCUCACCAAAGAGCAGCUUCUAGAAAUGUUCAACUACAACCCAUUCAAAGUGCGCAUUCUAAAGGAGAAAGUGGACACUCCCACAACCACUGUGUACAGGUGCGGACCCCUCAUUGACCUAUGCAGAGGUCCACAUGUACGCCACACGGGGAAAGUUAAGGCACUCAAAGUCACUAAGAAUUCCGCCUCAUAUUGGGAAGGGAGGGCCGACGCUGAAAGCCUGCAGAGGGUAUACGGUGUAUCAUUCCCCGAGCCGAAACAACUCAAGGAGUGGGAAAUAAUUCAGGAGGAAGCUGCCAAACGAGAUCAUAGAAAGAUUGGAAGGGAACAAGAGCUGUUCUUCUUCCACGAGCUAUCGCCUGGUUCUUGCUUCUUCCAACCGCGCGGCGCUCACAUAUACAACACUCUGGUGAACUUUAUAAAGGAACAGUAUAGGCAGCGGGGUUUCCAUGAGGUGGUCACACCAAACAUGUACAACGCUAAGCUCUGGCAGACUUCGGGACAUUGGGCUCACUACGCUGAGAACAUGUUUUCUUUCGACGUGGAGAAAGAAACCUUCGCGCUGAAGCCCAUGAACUGCCCAGGACACUGCCUGAUGUUCGACAACCGCACGCGCUCGUGGCGCGAGCUGCCGCUGCGGCUGGCGGACUUCGGGGUGCUGCACCGCAACGAGCUCAGCGGCGCGCUCACGGGCCUGACGCGCGUGCGCCGCUUCCAGCAGGACGACGCGCACAUCUUCUGCGCGCCGCACCACAUCGCCGGGGAGAUGGUCGCCUGUCUGGAGUUCCUCGACUGCGUGUACUCGACCUUCGGGUUCACGUUCCAGCUGAAAUUAUCCACCAGGCCCGAGAAGUACCUUGGCGACCUGGCCAGUUGGGAGCAAGCAGAGAAGGCCUUGGAGGAGUCCCUGAACAAGUUCGGGCGGCCGUGGCAGCUGAACCCUGGCGACGGGGCGUUCUACGGGCCCAAGAUCGACAUCACCAUACAGGACGCUCUGCGUAGAUCGCACCAGUGCGCCACGAUCCAGCUCGACUUCCAGCUGCCGGAGCGGUUCAACCUCACCUACGUCAGCGAGAGCGGCGAGAAGAAGCGGCCGGUGAUCAUCCACCGGGCCAUCCUGGGCUCCGUGGAGCGGAUGGUGGCCAUCCUGAGCGAGUCGUACGCCGGCAAGUGGCCGCUGUGGCUCAGCCCGCGGCAGGUGUGCGUGGUGCCGGUGGGGCCGUCGCUGGACCAGUACGCAGUCAGCGUGAACGAGAAACUUUUCGCGAGCGGUUUCAUGUCCGAAGUGGACACUGAUCCCGGCGAUACGCUCAACAAGAAGGUGCGCAACGCACAGCUGGCACAGUUCAACUACAUUCUGGUCGUAGGCGAACGCGAGAAGAACUCUGGCACUGUGAACGUCCGCACCAGGGACAACAAAGUGCACGGAGAGAUGACCGUGGAGGCACUCAUCGAGCAUCUCAACAAGCAAGUCAAGGAGAAGACCCUCUCGGAUGACAGUGAGCUGCCCAAA